AUGAUGUGGUACCGCAUGCUGGCAAUCUGGACAGCCUAUGCUGUCGAGCCCUUGGUCUUGCAGGUCCCUCGCAGGAGUUUCAUCCAACUCAGGCUGAUGUCUGAUUUCGAGGACUUGAGUCACGAGAAUCUCCUUUCCAAGUGGGUCGAAGGAAUUUGGACAGGUCUUCAGAGCAGCGAUGCAGGCGAUCCACGCGAUCCAGGGAACUGUCUUGAGAGCUAUCGGCCAUCCUGGAACAUUACGCGGCCCAGUUACUUCGACAGCGGCUUGGAUGAGGAGCCACCAAGACGCUACACCUUGCAAGUGGACACAGACAAGUUGCUAGAUAUUGCUGGCCCGGCAGGACGCUUGAUAGUAUCCUGGACAACCGGUGGGCCAAAGCGAUGGUCCAUUGCCCAGAACCUAGCCCUCUCGAUUCGAAGGAACACCCCAGAGCUGGAGCCCAUUUUUGUUUUCAUCGCAUUGGAUGCCGACGCAGUUCGACGUGCACGGGAUUCCGGCUUCAAUGCGGUCUUGAACGACGGCUCCGGCGACCUGCAAGAUGAUAUUUGGAAGAUGCGCUGGCUGAUUCAGACCACUUGCGUUUCCUUGGGCCUCGAGGUUCUUGUGGUUGAUUCCGAUAUUGUAUUUCUGGCAGAUCCCUUCCGCCAUUUCUUCUUCGAUUCGGAUGUGGAGGCAAUGACAGACCAUUUUUUCCCUGCAGAACAGCUUUGGGCGACAUGGCUACGACCUGCUGAGCACAUCAACACUGGCUUUCUUUUUGUCCGCCCCUCUGCUCGACUGCUGGCUUUCCUAGUAGAGUUCAUCGACGUACACUACCACGGGCACGAGGGUCCCACUCCUCGAGACGGAAUGGACCAACGAGUCUUCAACAAGUUCGUCAUGCACAAGAUGGAGAAGAGCCCGCCCGAGGUCGUAAGCCGCUAUGAGAACAUCACCUUCUCAGGCUUGGAUUGGCAAGGCAAGACCCGCCGCUUUACGCCUAGAGCGACGUGGGAAGUGCCAAUUGGAUCCAGUGACACUAUCACGAUACGAAUUCUGGAUCCUGUUUGCAUUUCGCAUGGAAUGAAUUACUUUUGGCGCAAGGCCUACAAGCUAAAGAGCUGUGAUGGCAGUGGGCAACCUCCAGCUGUUGUUCAUGUCAACGGCGUCGAUCCAAAGAUGUAUUUCCUCCGUGACAGGAACCUUUGGUACGUGAAUGACUGGGAUGACAGGUUCAAUGACUCUACAUCGUUUCUCGUGUACCACCAUCCAAAGGGCUUGAACCUGUCAGCUGAUUUUGAAUUCCUGAUUGCCGCUCUCGAGAUCGGAGCAUACUUUCGGCGACGUGUCGUGCUACCCGACACCAUGAACUGUGCAAACAGCCCUGCCUACUUGAUCUACAACCUGAGCGAAACGAUGGUUGACGAACCAGGCUGCACAUACGACUAUUUCGCCCACGCAAAUGGCUUGUAUGAGGUGUAUUCUCGCGUAAAGCCCUAUGCCAUCGAGGCGGGCAUUGCUCGAGAACCACGCUUCAAGGAACUGUCCAUCCAGCGGCUGCGUGGGUCGCUGCAACUGCGAGAGGAGCUGCUUUCGGCCCACGCAGAGCGGAGGGCCGCCUUUGCUUCAGCUCGUGUCCUCGAAGUCGACGACAUCAUCCUGCUGCGCGAUGGCCUGCGCAGUGGGAGUUUUGGACUCCGAAUGAAUCCAGAACACGUUUUCAGCUGUGCAUUCCAAGAGCCGCUGAUUGGUGCAAUGGCUUGCUUGGAUGAGCCCUACGUGGAAGAGUUCGGUGCAGAGGCCAUGUGUGAAGCGCAAAGCUUCGUAAAGGGAUGUGGGCCCGUGGGAAUCUGUUGCUGCUGGCCGUUUUGGGGAUGGGGGGAGAAGCUGCAGUAUUUCACUGGGGUGAAAUGGGACUUGCCGUGCAACUGUGGUGUGUCCGCGUGCGAGACCUUCAGCCGCCGUCUGGAUUCUGGCAGCGAGAACUGCUGCCGCCAUGCCGGUAGUACAGCGCUCUUCCCUGUGACGGAUCCGGGAGUCUUUUAUUGUGAGACGAACUUCAGCUGGUCAGGACCAACCGGAGCAGAGGACAGCAAUACGUACACAUCCCAGGCCCUGGUUGAGUUUGCUGCCAACAAGCGCACGGUGCAGCAAAGCUUCCAGACCUGCAGCUUGGAUCGAUUGCUUCGCAGGGGCGAUGCUUUCCCUGAGACGACGCUGCGGGAGUGCAAUCUUCAGUUCAGCUCUUUCCUCCUGAGACGCUCCAAGUGGAGGCAGCUCCGCAAGUGGCUGAUGGCUCUUCACUCCUGGAAGUAUGACCGGGACAUGGCCGGCACAGUUCUCGCCGCGCACAACUUCUCUCCUCCGUGGAACUUCCCCACCAUCGAGAAGGUGAGGUGCAUCACGGGACAUGGCUGCGCAGGGCCGGAACCCUACAAAACAGCUGCGCAGCAAGCGGAGGACGCAGCAGAGCAGGAGGCAAAGGAGACUGCGGCCAGAGAGGCCAUGCAAGAGUUUGAUGAGAAGGGAAAUCCAACAGGUCCUCCAGGCUGGCCCUUUGGGAUCCGGCCAGAAGACAAAGAAGUCUGGACUCCAAAGGAUGUUGAAGAGCUGAAGCGUCGCCUUCCAGCAUACAACAUCAAGGGGCCAGGCGUUCGUGCGAUUUGCUGGGGCCAGGGCGAGCUCGUCGGAGCGCGGCUCCGCCUCAUCAAGCGCCAGCGUGGGGUGCACUCCGUCGAAGAGGCUGCACAAAUCUGCGAUGAUCUGGAGGGGUGCACACAUUUUUCGAUCAGGGUUGGCCCCGACUUCCCAAUGACUGAAGACAUCGACUUGGACAAAGGCAUUCCAUAUCGAGCUGAGUUCUGCAGGGGGCCGAUGGUCACUACCGUCGACUUCCCGCGCACCCAUUCCUUUGUCGGCAUAAAGAAGUAUGCCGCCAGGGAAGGUGACCUACCUCCUCCCGAAAACAAUGAGCCACCCAUCCCUCUCGUUGAUGGGCCUUUGGAAGCCUUCGGCAGAGAUCAAGGAUACUUUGCAGCCUACCGGAGCCGCCUGAAAAGAAUAGAAGAGCGAGAGAGACUUGACCGCUUGAAGAGUGCGACCCACCAGUUGGAAAUGAUCAAGAAGGAGCAGACAGCGAAGGAUGUUCGAGCCAAGCUGAAGUCGAUGCAGAGCUUCAUGCCGCUGCUGUUCGUCCCGAGCAAGCAGGCCCGUUCAAAGGCUUGCCAAAAGCUGCGAUCGGAGUGGGUCUUCGAGCAGCGCAGAUCGCUUGGGAAUUCAUCCCGACUGAUUGCAAGUAUGGAGGGCAGCAUGGUCACUGACAACACGGGCUUCUCUUUUGGAAAGCUGGCCCAUGACACGGAGCAACUUGAGUACAUCAUCUCCAUAGGUCGUGAGGAGCUCCAUGAGGCCGCCUCUGGCUUCCGAAGUCUGCUUGAGCUCUUUGUCCAGCUCCAGAAAGGAGCACCUGUGCGCGAGGAGGUUGCAGCGCAAUUUGCGAAGGUGCGACCUUUCUUCAACAGAGCGCUGCAUCUGCCGGACCUCGACCAAUCUGUCGGUGAGGUUACCGAGUUUUUGCCCGCCGCCGCUGACUGGGAAGGUGCGUCGCUGGACGUGCGCACAAGAGGUGUGGCAAUUAUCCGGGGUGCUCUGACAGCUUCAGCUCAGAAACUGGUUCGCAGAUGGCUGCUUGAGUCAACCGUGUGGUACCAGUCUCUGCAAAAUGGUGACAUUCAAAAGUCCCAGCUCCGUGAUGGGCUCCACGGUCCGGUUGGCUUUCGUUUGGUUCAUGAAAUUCAAGCGAGAUUGCCCAAUUUGCUGGGCAAGCUGCCACUUUUGGACAUCACAAGCUACAGGCACGGCCAGCAGAGUUCCGGACUUCCGUGGCACUGCUUGGACGGCAUUGUAGUGGCCAUGUUCUGGUUUGGCAGCAUCUCGGACAGUGCGCUUGAAGUUUCGGGGAGGAACUCGUCAAUGAGCUUUUGCAAUGGCAAUCGCGUGGGACCUGCGCCUGCCCUUCAACUGGAGGGUUUCACUCGGGAGCAAGCGCCGACUCCUGCUAGGUCCUUGGCUUGCCCAGAGGGCUGCUUGCUGCUGUGGCAGGCAGCUCAUGCAAUACGCACUAUCCACAGGGCCAAAGUGGACACCUUUGCAAGCCGGCCAGUCGAGCUGCUACUGCUCUUCGGGAAUUAUGCGGAUGCUGGAGCCAAGGCGGCUGGCUUCAUGCCAAGUUUCGAGGGAAAAGCAGACUCGUGGGGAGAACACUAUUAUGCACGUGACCAUGAUCAUCGAUGA